CCGCUCCGUUGCAGGACCCCAUGGGAGAUAGUCAUCGAGAUAGUUAUCGAGACCUCACCAGCCAAUGGAGCCUCGCCUGAUUAGGGGUAAUGGAGAGGGGGAGAUAACUAUCUCCCAUGGGGUCAUGCGAGACCACCGAGAUCGGCAGCGUCUCCGCACGUAAGAAGGUCGUCGUUGUAGGCCUCGGCAUGGUCGGCGUUGCCUUUAUCGAAAAACUCCUCAAAUCGGACGCAAAACGCAACGAAUACGAAAUCUGCGUCUUCGGCGAGGAAAACCAUGUCGCAUACAACCGCGUUGGGCUCACGUCCUUCUUUGCCCAUAGGAGUAUCCCCUCUAUGUAUCUCCAGCCGGAAGAAUGGUAUGCGUCACAUGAGGAGGGUGCUUUGGCGUAUAGGAUCAACACCAAGAUUACGUCGAUUGACACGGCGAGGAAGAAGGUGUUUACGCAGAAUGGGGAAGAGUGUGCCUACGAUAUAUUGGUGUUGGCUACGGGAUCAGACGCAUUACUGCCGCGUCACACGCCUGGACAUGAUGCGAAGGGUGUCUUCGUGUACCGUACCAUCGAGGAUCUGGAAAAGUUGAUCGACUACUCCGCCAAGGUCUCGCUACCGGAAGGCAUCGACAAGCGUGCCGCAGUCGUCGGUGGAGGUCUCUUGGGUCUCGAAGCAGCCCACGCCGUCCAGGACUUGGACUCCUUCCCCCGUGUCGCCAUCAUCGAACGCAACCGCUGGGUCCUCUCCCGCCAACUUGACAUGGACGGAGGCAAUAUGGUCGUCGAGAAAGUCCGCGACAUGGGCGUGGACGUUAUGCUCUCUAAACGCGUAGGCGCCAUCGAGAAAGACGAGAACAACGUCAUGACCGCCGUUGUCUUUGAGGAUGGCGAGAGGAUGGAUUGCCAGAUGAUUUGUUUUGCUAUUGGGAUUAAGGCACGGGAUGAGCUGGCUCAUUCUGCCGGGAUUAAGUGUCAUGAUCGUGGAGGUAUCCUCAUCAAUGAUGCGCUGGAGACGAGUGCGAAGGAUGUUUACGCUAUUGGUGAGUGUGCUUCGUUCGAAAACGCUACCUACGGUCUUAUCGCACCCGGAAUUGAGAUGGCCGAUGUGCUUGCGUUCAACUUGACGCAGGCUAAGCUUCAUGCGCCGAGGAAGUUCAAGACUCCGGAUCUUUCGACAAAGUUGAAGUUGAUGGGUGUCGACGUCGCUUCCUUCGGUGACUUCUUUGCUGACCGCGACGGUCCCAAGAACGUCCCCAAACGCGCCGGUGCCGGAAAGGAAAAGAAGCCUGGCGUGAAAUCAUUGACGUAUAAGGAUCCUUUCUCAUCCGUGUACAAGAAGUACAUCUUCACCGAUGACGGAAAAUACUUGUUGGGUGGUAUGAUGAUCGGUGAUACGAGUGACUACAUCAAAGUCGUCUCUCUCGUCAAGGCUGGUAAGCCUUUGGAGAUUGGUCCUCACGAGCUCAUUGUCGGCGCGAACAAGGGUGGCGAGGAGGAUGGCGAGGAUCUCCCCGACGAUGCACAAAUCUGUUCAUGUCACAAUGUGACAAAGGGCAUGGUCGCCGAAUCCGUCCGUUCUGGCGAAUGUGACUCCAUCGGAAAGGUCAAGUCUUGCACCAAGGCUGGUACUGGAUGCGGUGGUUGUAUGCCCCUCGUCCAGAACAUCUUCAAUGCUGAGAUGAAGAAGAUGGGUAACGAGGUUUCUAACCACGUGUGUCCUCACUUUCCAUACUCCCGCGCGGACUUGUUCAACAUUGUCCGUGUGAAGCAGUUGAAGACGUUCGGUGACGUGAUGGAGAAGUACGGUAACAAGCCUGAUGCGCUUGGGUGUGAGGUUUGUAAGCCUGUUAUUGCGUCCAUCUUCUCGACGGUUUUCAACCCGUUGGUUUGUGAUGCGCCUGUUGCGGGGUUGCAAGAGACGAACGACAAGUACCUCGGUAACAUCCAGCGUAACGGAACGUAUUCCAUCAUUCCCCGUGUCUCUGCCGGAGAAAUCACACCCGCAAAGCUCGUCGCGAUGGGUCAAGUAGCCGAAAAGUACGAUCUCUACACCAAGAUUACCGGUGGACAACGUAUCGACAUGUUCGGUGCCAAGAAACAGGACCUUCCCGAUAUCUGGGAAGAGUUGGUCAAGGCUGGUUUCGAGACCGGACACGGAUACGGAAAGUCCCUCCGUACUGUCAAAUCCUGCGUGGGAACCACCUGGUGCCGUUACGGUAUCGCAGAUUCCGUUGGAAUGGCCGUGCGUCUCGAGGAACGCUACAAAUCCAUCCGUGCACCGCACAAAAUCAAGGGUGGUGUCUCUGGCUGUGUUCGUGAAUGCGCUGAAGCUCAAAACAAGGAUUUCGGACUCAUUGCCACGGAGAAGGGAUUCAACCUUUAUGUUGCGGGUAAUGGUGGAGCGAAGCCUAAGCAUUCGGAGUUGUUGAAGGCUGAUGUGCCACCCGAUGAGAUCGUGCAGUUGUUGGAUAGGUAUUUGAUGUUCUACAUGAGGACUGCGGACAGGUUGCAGCGUACGGCUCGUUGGCUUGAGGGGUUGCCGGGUGGGAUCAAAUACCUGCGUGAAGUCAUCCUCGACGACAAGCUUGGCAUCUGUGAGGACCUCGAGAAGCAAAUGGAGGAGCUCGUUGGUACUUUCUUCUGUGAGUGGACGGAGGUUGUCAAUGACCCCGAGCGCCGCAAGCACUUCAAGCAGUUUGCGAACACGGAUGAGAAAGUUGAGAACAUGGAGAAGAUCACGGAUCGUGGACAGACGCGUCCGACGAAUUGGACGAAGGAUAUGUCUGUUACGUAUCCUUUCCGCGAACACAAGUGGUCUAAGCUGGACUGGGAGCCUAUCCUCAAGACGGAUGAGGUCUUGGCUGUCAGGACUGGUGCUGGUGUCGCUGUUAAGCGUGGUGACACUCAACUCGCUGUCUUCUCUGUCCCCGGAAAGGGAUUCUAUGCUUCGCAGUCUAUGUGUCCUCACAAGCGUGCGUUCGUCUUGCAAGACGGUAUCCUCGGUGACACCCCCGAAGGCGACAUCUUCGUAUCUUGUCCUAUGCACAAGCGUAAUUACGAUAUCUCUUGUCAUGAGGACAAGGGUGGAUCCUGCUCCAAUGACUCUUCCAUGUCUAUUGCUACUUUCGAGAUCGAGUCUCGCGAUGAUGGCAUGUUGUGGAUGAAGUUGCCUCCUGUGAUGGAGAUGGACGAGGUUUUGGGUACGAAGAAGUGGAUCAUGAAGGCAGAUGAUUCGGCUCCUUACUUUGACAAGGUUGAUGAGAAGAUUGGACAUGACCGCAAGACGGGUUUGAACACCAAGAAGAUCAUCAGGCCUGACAACCAGAAGAAGAACGGUGAUGCUGCCGCGGCCAAGCAUCCUCUUGAUUGGUGAGCACGGGAAGAGGACGGCGGUGAGGAGGGGUGUAUGUUAGGU